CCUGCAGGGAAAUGGGAUAAAGUCCCCCCAGAGAGGAAAGAGGAGCGUGGGAUAGUAAACGGGCGACGCGGAGAAGAGGAAGGCACACACCGGAACGGAGCACAGGCGCGGAGGAGGUUCCGGAGGGGAGCGGAAAUAAAGGCACUCAAAGCUGAAAAGCCUGUGUAGGGGAGCGGAAAAGGAAGUCACCGCCCAGGCCUGCGGGGCUGUGUGGUCGAAAGAGUUGGGCUUAGGACUUCAGUUAAGUGUUGUCAGUGGGAAAAUUCUGCAAUAUCGCCGUGGAGUGGACUUUAGCGCUCGCUUCUCCAAACGUAUCCCAGACGGCGAGCUCCGCGGGCUCCGCGGCUCGUCCGGUACAAGCGCCGCGCAGGCCCGCCCUCUGCCGGACGUGGGGACGCGGUGCCUAGCGCCGCGGGCCGACGAGGGGAAGGAGGGCGUGGGGAAGAGAUGAACAGGCCUUGCCGGAGCAGGCUGAGAGAUCGCGUCCUUACACUUUCAAAAGCAUAAGGAGGCUUGCUUUCUACACACUGAUUUAAUUUCGGAAUACUUUCAAGGCUCUGCUAAGUUAGAAAUGGCAACAAGUCUUUUGAAGACAUCGCCUCUGUCUGUAAGGACAAAAUUGCUACAUCAAACAGGAUUGUCACUUUAUAAUACAUCCCAUGGAUUUUAUGAGGAAGAAGUGAAAAAAAAACUUCAGCAGUUUCCUGGUGGAACUGUUGACCUUCAGAAGGAAGACAGUGGCAUUGGUAUUCUUACUCUGAACAAUCCAAGUAAAAUGAAUGCCUUCUCAGGUGUUAUGAUGCUACAACUUCUGGAAAAAGUAAUUGAAUUGGAAAAUUGGACAGAGGGGAAAGGCCUCAUUGUCCGUGGGGCAAAAAAUAAUUUCUGUUCAGGAUCUGAUCUGAAUGCUGUGAAAGCACUAGCAACUCCAGAGGAUGGAAUGGCCCUAUGCAUGUUCAUGCAAAACACCUUAACAAGAUUUAUGAGACUUCCUUUAAUAAGUGUUGCGCUGGUUCAAGGUUGGGCAUUAGGUGGAGGAGCAGAAUUUACUACAGCAUGUGAUUUCAGGUUAAUGACUCCAGAGAGUAAGAUCAGAUUCGUCCACAAAGAGAUGGGCAUAAUACCAAGCUGGGGUGGCACCACUCGGCUAGUUGAAAUAAUCGGAAGUAGACAAGCUCUCAAAGUGUUGAGUGGGGCCCUUAAACUGGAUUCAAAAAACGCUCUAAACAUAGGAAUGGUUGAAGAGGUCUUGCAGUCUUCAGAUGAAGCUAAAUCUCUAGAAGAGGCACAAGAAUGGCUGAGGCAAUUUAUCCAAGGGCCACCAGAAGUAAUUAGAGCUUUGAAAAAAUCUGUUUCUUCAGGCAGAGAGCUAUAUUUGGAGGAAGCAUUACAGAAUGAAAGAGAUCUUUUAGGAACAGUUUGGGGUGGACCUGCAAAUUUGGAGGCUAUUGCUAAAAAAGGAAAAUUUAAUAAAUAACUUGUUUUUCAUGUGGAUGUACUCCAAGUAAAGCCGCAGUGACUAAUAUGUAAUAAAUGAUAAAUAUGAAUAUCAGAAUUAC